AUGAGGGAAGAAAGGUGCCAAGGGUUCGCCCUGAAGAAGGGUGAUGGUAGUUUCAUUUGUCAGCUCCUCUCCAAGAACUCCACAAUUGCAGUAGAUCUUGAUAAAACAUCCAGGGUCUCCCUUUCAGAAACAAUUGCUCCAAAAGAAUUCGAAUUUGCGAUGGUCACAGGGAAAAUUCACUUUCUGAGAGCGAUGGGGAAAGGACAAUUCCCGAAAGCAAGGAGCACUUGCAAAGGCGAAGGUUUGGCUCACCUCGUCAUGGACGAUCGAGGUCAAGAGUGGCACGAUUACGUCCUUGAAUUCAUGGAGUCGCAUUUCCCAUCCCAAGACAAGUUUUGGAUCGGAGCUGACGACACGGAUUGGAAUUCUGAGCACUCCUGGGAUGAUGAAACAUUGGUGGCUGAUUCAAUGAAGACCUUCUGGCUUCCGGGAGAGCCUAAUUUCAAGAAGGGAAAACAGGAUGAGAGAUGUGUCGCGAUGGUGAAGUCUCCAGAGUCUCCAGGGGGGAUGUGGGAGGAUGUCUCCUGUUUCGAAACCCUGCCUAUCACCUGCGAAUCUGGCUGGAACAUCCAUCACAAUGGUGAGGCUCAGGCCAACGCGAUGUGUUACUGCUCAGAUUCUUUCUCUCGCUCAAAACGCAGUGGAGGUUGGGGUCACCGGAAUUCAGCUCAUGACAGUUGUGCAGGCAUGGAACACGAAACGGAUAUGGACGUGGAACAACGGUGCCUAGGGUUCCCCCUGAAGAAGGGUGAUGAUAGCUUCAUUUGUCAACUCCUCUCCAAGAACUCCACAUUUGCUGUUGACCCUAAUAAAACAUCCAGGAUCUCUGUUUCGGACACAUUGGUGGCAGAUUCAAUGAAGACCUUCUGGCUUCCGGGCGAGCCGAAUUUCAAGGAUGGAUCACAGCAAGCGAGAUGUGUCGCGAUGGGGAAGUCUCCAGAGUCUCCAGGGGGGAUGUGGGAGGAUGUCGCCUGUACCAAAACCCUGCCUAUCACCUGCGAAAUCCGUCUCCCCUAA